CUCAAAGAAAACCUAAAGAAGCAGAAGAGAGAGCAAGUUCAGACAUACAGAAGCAGGGGAAGUCAGAUCUGAUGGCAAACACGAUAGCAUCGGUGGUUUUGGGUGGAUUUUUAGUUUUGCUGGUGUAUCUCUAUAACCUUUUGGUGUUACAGCCAAAAAAUCUAAGGGCAAAGCUUCAGAGGCAAGGGAUAAGAGGACCUUCUCCUUCUUUUCUAGUGGGAAAUAUUCCUGAUAUGAAGAGAAUUCUUCAACACCGACAUGAACUGAUACAUUCCACACCGACAACUGCUACGGAGGACAACCCUGCCGCCAUUUCUGGUGACUGGCCUUCUAUCGUUUUCCCAUACCUGGAGCAGUGGAAAAAUGAAUAUGGGCCAGUAUUCUUGUAUUCAACAGGAAGCAUACAACAACUAUAUAUAGCAGAUGCAGAGAUGGUGAAGGAAAUCUGUCUCUGCACAUCCCUUAACCUAGGGAAGCCUUCUUAUCUAUCCAAAGAUCGUGGGCCGCUUCUAGGCCGAGGCAUUUUUUCAUCCAACGGCCCGAUAUGGGCCCACCAAAGGAAGACUAUUGCUCCUGAGUUCUACGUCGAGAAGGUUAAGAGCAUGGUGAAACUGAUGGUGGAGUCAACAACCUCAAUGCUCACAACUUGGGAGCGUAGAUUCGAAGAUGAGGCCGGAGGUAUUGUAGACAUUAAUGUCGAUGAUGAUUUGAGAGGCUUAUCUGCAGAUAUUAUAUCAAGAGCCUGUUUCAGAAGCGGCUAUUCCCAAGGGGAAGAAAUAUUCCUAAAACUCAAAAUGCUACAGAGACUCAUGUCCAUGAGAAGUAUUGGAGUUCCAGGGUCUAGAUUCUUGCCGACCAAAAUGAAUCGAGCUAUAUGGAAAAACGAGAAAGAGAUCAACUCCAUGAUAUUAAAGGUGGUAAAACAGCACACAGAAUCAUCACAUGAGAAGGAUCUUCUACAAAUGAUUCUGGAGGGUGCCAAAAGUAAUAAAUAUGACAAUGAUGGCCGACCAAUAAAAAUCCCAUGGGAAGAAUUCAUGGUGGAUAAUUGCAAAAGCAUAUACUUUGCUGGCCACGAGACCACUGCUACCACGGCCUCAUGGACCUUGAUGCUUCUUGCUGCGCAUCCCGAUUGGCAAGCUCGUGCUCGUGCUGAGGUGCUUGAAAUCUGUGGGGAUAGGCCACCGGAUGCCAACAUGCUCCGAAACAUGAAAACGUUAACAAUGGUGAUCCAUGAAACAUUGCGUCUUUUCCCACCUACAGUUUUUGUGGUAAGAACGGCCUUGGAAGAUAUCGAAUUCAAAGACAUUAUGAUCCCAAAAGGUAUGAACAUGCAGAUUCCGAUCCCAAUAUUACACAGAGAUCGUGAUCUGUGGGGGCCUGAUGCCCACAAAUUCGAUCCUGAAAGAUUUUCUCAUGGGAUUGGUGGGGCUUGCAAGACUCCGCAGGCUUAUAUGCCAUUCGGAGUAGGGUCUCGUGUCUGUGCCGGACAACACUUUGCCAUGACGGAACUGAAGGUGAUUUUAUCUCUGGUUCUGUCCAAGUUUUGCUUCUCACUCUCGCCGGCAUACCACCAUUCCCCUGUAUUUAGGUUGGUUAUUGUGCCUGAAAAUGGAGUUUCUCUCCUCCUCUGGAGAGCUUGAUCGAUCACGUUUCUUAUACUUUGAGAAAUAAUAGCUUCGGUGGGAAUAAAAAAGAGUAAUAUAUAUUAUAUA